GUUUGGCGAGGGAGAAAAAUACCCAGAAAAAGAAAGAUUUCCCUUGUGAACUGCUGAUGUGAAAUCGAAGAAGAAGAAGAAGAACAGGAACGAUGUAUUGUUGCAACUUAAAGAUGUUGUUUGAGUAGAAGAUGGAGGUUCCAAUUAAAAUAGGUGAUCGAGCAACCAGUGAUGUUGUAGUGAGGCUACGAACACAAGAUGGCCGUGAUGAUUGGAUAUACUGUCACUCCCAAGUUCUUGUAGAGAAGAGCAAAUAUUUUGCUGACCGCCUCUCUGAUAAUUGGCCAACGUGUCAGAUCCUUGACUCACGCAACUGUGUUGAGGUUUACUGCCAAGAGUCGGACGUUGAUCAUCAUGUCAAUGUUCUACGACUUCUCUAUGUUGUUCUAGAUGGUUCAGUUGAUGAUUUGUGGAAUGGUGUUAAAAAUGCCCUUGGCAUUCUCCGGGUAGCUGUUGAACUUGGGUGCCCUCAAAUUGUUACUGCUUGCGUGAACUAUCUGGAAGCUGUCCCUUGGGAGGAGGCUGAGGAAGAGGAGAUUUUAAGAAUCAUACCAGGCAUGGGAUCACAAGUGGAACCAAUUCUUGCCCGUCUCCAACCAGUCAAUCAAUCAGCUAUAGUGGGGAUUUUUAUCUCAACCAUCCAAUUUGCCACAUCAUCACCUCCUUCGCCAUUACAUGAUCUUAAAUCUUCAGCUCAAGAGCAGCUUGAGUAUAUGGUCACUGAGGAUGAUGAUUCCCCUCUAUUAACUGCUGACGAUGACCUAAAAUCUGAGGUAAAAGAAUGUGUUAGGAGACUAUUUUCCAGAUUCAAUAAUUUGAUAGAAGCUUUAUUGUGUGAACCCUUAGAUGCUCUUCAUGAGGCAGGAAGUCUGAAAUCAUUCCGGUCUUAUUUAGCAGAUCUGUUAUGGGUUUGUCAGAUCUUAACAAAGUUGGAAAUCAUGAGGAAUUUUGUUAACAGUUGGAUGGAUUUGUCAGAUAAAAUAGUUAAUAUUUUCACGCAAGUAUUUCCAAUGGUAGAAAUAGUUGAGACAAAGCUGAAGGUUAUUGAGGUAGCUGCAAAGGUUUUGGAGACAAUAGGAUAUGGCACUGUAAUUUUGCCAACUGCUAAACGGCUUCACAUUGUCAAGUUGUGGCUUCCAUUUGUGAGGUCUACAAAACCUCUGAUUGAUACUUGGGUUGCCACUAAAGAUGAGGACUCUUCAGAAUUUAGGAUGGAUGGAGAGCUUUGGCAGUCAUUGGAAUCCACAUUUGUUUCAAUAAUUCUUGCAUUACCUUCUGGGGAUCAGGCUCAGAUUUUGACUGAAUGGUUAGGGAAUGAGAAUAUGCAGUAUCCAGAUCUGACUGAGGCAUUUGAAGUGUGGUGUUAUAGGUCCAAAGUUGCCAAGCGGAGACUAGCUAUGAUAAAAGGUGAAGGCGAGCAAGGAAUGGCCAACACAACUUGAUUGUUCUGUGGAACCUUUUCUUGUCAAUCAUUAUGCUAAGCUCUCAUUAACUCCUUACUUGAUAUUUUUGAGUUCAAAGUUCAUCUGAGCGGGAGGAGUGGUUAACAUUAGAGAUUCCUAAUCUUUAGACCCUUUUACAUAUUUGCUUUUGGUGAAAUCAAAAUUUUAGGGUUAGUAAAUCAUGUCACGUUAGGUCCUUUGUUGAUUGUAAAAGUUGUGAAGGUGAUUAAGGUCAGAAAUCAAUUGUAAAAUCAAUAUCUUCUAAGAGCAUGCAGUCAAAAAACAAAAGCAAAUUUAUUGCAGGGAGUUGGGGGAAUGGGAUUUCCCAUGUUUUAUCAUGGGACUUGAAAGCUUACCAAGUCUUAAAUAUUGAUUCAUGAACCAUUAAAUCUAAACCACGGAG